AAGUAGGCAACAAGAGAGGAGUAGACGGUGCAUUCGAAGGUACCCAGCUAGGCUACAUUUUGAGUGUUAUAUUUGGAUGAAACGCUCACUCAAUUCCUAUUCAAGAAUGAGGAAGCCUCAACUUUAGAUAUUUGUCUGGCUUUUCAUGACUAUUUCGGAACUAUUAUUAAUUGCCAACUCUUGGAGACAGCCGGCCUUCAUCACAUGAAUUAUCCAUCUCAGAGACGACAGCAUCCAUGGCCCUCUGGAAACCAGGCGUUUGACUGUGCAGUAGUUGUCUUGUUGCUGGCCUGUGUGUCCUGGCCACGGGGAGCUACGGAGGACCUCCGCAGUUUCAAGGAUCAGCUCAGUGACUGUCUGGGGGACAAGGAUUACCAGGAGCUUCUGGACAUCAGUAUCCAUGGCCUCCCCCCUGCCCAGAGCCCUCGGCACGUGGUGGUCGUGGGCGCCGGCAUGGCCGGCCUGACCGCUGCCAAACUGCUGCAGGACGCGGGACACAAGGUGACGGUGCUGGAAGCUAGUGGGAGGGUGGGCGGGAGGGUGGAGACCUACAGACACCAGACAGGGGGCUGGUAUGCUGAACUUGGAGCCAUGAGGAUUCCAAGCUUCCACCAGAUUGUGCUGUACUACGCCCAUGUUCUUGGCGUGGCAUUGCGUCAGUUUGUGAUGUAUGACCCCAACACCUUCUACCUGGUCAACGGGCAGCGUGUGAAGACCGACGCAGCGCGGAGAAACCCAGCCCUCCUCAAAUACAACAUCACCCGUAAGGGGAAGGCCCUGUCAGCUGAUCAGCUGCUGGAUCAGGCCUUAAAGACGAUAAAAGACGCAGUGAGACAUGAAGGAUGUGCGGCAACCUUUAAGAAAUAUGACCAGUAUUCUGUCAAGGGAUAUUUGGUUCAAGUGGCUAAUCUGAGUUCUGAGGAGGUGAGGAUGAUAGGAGACCUGCUGAAUGAGAACAGCUGGAUGUACACCGCCCUCACGGAGAUGCUCUACGAACAAGCAAAUCUCAACGACAACACUGAGUAUUUUGAGGUGGUUGGUGGCUCAGAUCGUCUCCCUCAAGCCUUGCAUAACGUCCUGGCUAAACCCGCCCAGCUGAACUCUCCGGUCAAACAAAUCACCCACUCAGACGCUGGUGUUGAUGUAUUUUACCUGAAGGGUGAAGACUCAGAUCCGACCAAGCUGUCUGCUGACGCAGUCCUGGUCACGACCACAGCCAAGGCAGCUCGCUUCUUAGAGUUUGUCCCCCGGCUGACCCCAGGAAAGAGGCAUGCACUGAGCAGCGUUCACUACGACAGCUCCACCAAGAUCAUCCUCACCUUCAGCCGAAGGUUCUGGGAGGAUGAUGGCAUCAAGGGGGGGAAGAGCAUCACAGACCGCCCCUCUCGCUUCAUCUACUACCCCAGCCACAAAUUCCCCAAUAACCCAGACAUCGGCGUGCUGCUGGCCUCCUACACCUGGUCUGACGACUCCCUAAUCUUCCAGGGCCUGGGGGAGGAGGAGCUGAAGGAGGUGGCCCUGAAGGACCUGGAGCUCAUCCACGGGGAGCAGGUCUGGGACCUGUGCACGGGGGUGGUGGUGAAGAAGUGGAGCUCUGACCCCUACAGCCUGGGAGCCUACGCCAUGUUCACUCCCUACCAGCAUACUGAUUACUCGUCUGAGCUCUUCCAGUCCCAGGGCAGGGUUCACUUCGCUGGAGAACACACCGGCUUCACUCACGGAUGGAUUGAAACAGCCAUCAAGACGGCCAUCAGAGCUGCCAAGAACAUCAACACCCAGCUUCAAGACAGCUUCAUGUCCACUGAUCGAGAAGAGCUCUGACUCAAACACCAAGCUUCAAGACAGCCUAUUGUCCAGCACUACAGAUCUCUGCCACCUACAGGAAUGCAAAUGUUAUAGACUAGCCAGGCACGUCAUUAAAUGCCCUCUCCAAGUCAUGUUACUUAACACAAUUAGCAACAGCCAAUGUGGCAACCUAAAAACUCAACCCUUCAAUAAAAUGGACCUAUGAUUAUUUAACAAAUGUCAAUUGUUAUUCAAAAUUGUGAUAAUUGUGAUGAAAAGAUUCCCAAAACUUUUCCCCGCCCAACUCCUUUUCACUUACCAACGUAUUGCGUGUGAUUACACCAGCCAGCUUCAAGUCCAUGUGGAACACAGUACCCUGAGUUCCCACCAGUCUUCAUAAUGAAUAACAGGCAGCAGUAGUUUACCACAGCGGCAUCGGCAGUAACGAGCCUGAGUGGCGCUGGCCCGCCCGCAUUACUCACAAGCCCACCAAGCCAAGUUUGAUUGAAAUUAAAAUACAUUUUCUUACAAAAAACCAAAACAAGACUGAGAUCAAAGAUUGAAAAUACCUCUUAGUUCUAUGUGACAAAGGGGUUAGUUAGUUGACUUCUUGCCCAGGUGCACAGAUUGGAGACGGGGUGGCCUGAUUUGACAAUAUCUGUAUUGGAAGAUCUUUCUUUCUAGUCCUUAUCAUUGAGUUUUGCCUCAGGUUUCAUUUACUAACUGAGGGUCUACCCUAAAACGGAUGUUCUAUUGAAACCUGUGAGUGUUCAUUCUGAACCACUAUUAUAAUUCAUUAUUAGUCAUCUUUACACUUGACCACCCAACUAAUCAGGUGAGACUGCUUAAACCAACCAUCAUCCAUACCGAGGAUGGUGCUCCAUGUUGCCAUGCGGGAGAUCUCCCCGAGGGUGUGUGGAGAUUUCUGGUUUAACCUGUGCACACUGAUUACUCAAUGGGCAACAGGUGUGCAGCCUCACCCAGCCCCCGAGUCGAAUCAGACUGGGCAGCCGAGGCUGCUUGGACUAGCCAUCAUCCACACACACUCCCACACUCUGCCUGCUACGUUAGUGGUUCUCAACCUUUCUGGGGCUGAGGCCCCCCCCCGCCCACCUUCCACUUUAUUCUCUCAUUACCACGGCUCCUAGUCCGAGUUUCGCAACACAUUUAUCGCAAAAGGUGUUGCAAAAUUCAAGGCGAUAGGUUCCUGACUCCACACCUCACACUUAUGCGGGGGAGCACAUUUGUGAAGUUAACGAUUCGUGAUGUUGUAAUCACCAAGGUGUUUAACUUGUAGAUGGACUCAAGAAAAAAAUAAAUCCAACGAGUCAAUGUUAUUAUUACAAGUUUGCAGCGGUCAUUGUAUUCAUGUAAAUUGGAAUUUGUGAUUGCAUGAAUUUGUGAAAAAAAUUUGUGUGACUUCACAUUCAAUAUCAACACGCAAGUAAAACAAAAUUCUACAAGCUC